AAAAGGAACCCGUAAGACUGUAGACAACAAAGGUACAUGCGAAUUGGGCAGCGGUUGUUGAAACGCUUGGGCUGUUCUCCCUCAGUUCUCAUGGCCUCCCACCAUCUUCACACUGCUACUGCUAGUGCUUCGCAUAUUUGCAGAAAUUUUUUGGGAUUCAUUUUCACCUCCAAAUUUCCCCAUCCUUUUCGCUUCUCUACUUCUUCUUCGAGGAUUCAUUCUUUUCCUUCGUUCUCCCUUCUGCUAUCCCCAAAGGGUUACUGCAGUUCAUCCGGAAGUAUAAAUUCUGCCAAUACCAUGGAUACGGUUCCAACUUAUCAUGGUAGUUCUGCAUCUACUAGAUGCCAGCCAAUGGUGCAAUUCCAAGAUUCAUUAUCGAACCCGCUUACGUUCAAAGAAGAUACUGGAAUUGAUAAUCCUGCAGAUGCUAGAGUCAUGCUCAUUGAUGGCACAUCAAUCAUUUUUAGAGCAUACUACAAGCUUUUGGCAAAGCUUCAUCAUGGACAUUUAUCACAUGCGGAUGGAAAUGGAGAUUGGGUGCUAACAAUAUUUACUGCUUUGUCACUUAUUGUUGAUGUUCUGGAGAUUAUGCCUUCUCAUGUGGCGGUUGUGUUCGACCAUGAUGGACACCCAUAUGGUCAUACUUAUAUUUCAUCCAAUGAAAAUUUCAUGUCAAAAGGAUCCACUUUUCGUCAUACAAUUUACCCUGCAUACAAGAGUAACAGGGCACCCACACCUGAUACCGUAGUCCAGGGGCUCCAGUACUUGAAGGCAUCCAUAAAGUCCAUGUCCAUAAAGGUCAUUGAGGUACCUGGAGUGGAAGCCGAUGAUGUAAUUGGCACAUUGGCUUUGAGAAGUGUUGCGGUUGGGUGUAAGGUUCGUGUUGUCUCUCCUGACAAAGACUUCUUCCAGAUUCUAUCUCCUUCAUUACGUCUUUUACGGAUAGCUUCACGUGGAAUUGAGAUGGUUUCAUUUGGGUUAGAGGAUUUUGCUGACAAAUUUGGAGUUCUGGAACCUUCUCAGUUUGUUGAUGUGAUGUCUUUAGUUGGUGACAAGUCCGAUAAUAUUCCAGGAGUCGAUGGAAUUGGAAAUGUCAAUGCUGUGCAACUUAUCACUAGAUUUGGGAAAUUGUUCGAUUACAUGGCAUACCUAAAAGCAUUGUCUCGGAUAGGAAUGUCAAAUUCAUGAGCUAUUUUUGGCGCUCCUUAUGGAAACGAUUCAGCACCAACCUGCUUUUCAGCUCUACUAGCCAUCCCUAAAUGGACGGUCAAACAGGAGUGACCAACUGAACACUUGACAACCUCCUUCGCUGCCUAAGUGGAGACAAAUCCCACCAAUGGGAUCUCAAGCUCACUCAAGCAGAAUUUGCCUUCAAUAACAUGACCAAUCGAUCCACAGGAAAAUCCCCUUUUGAAAUUGUCUACACGCAAGUACCCCGCCUCACUCUUGAUCUUGCAAACUUGCCUGUUCCUAUUGAUCUUAGUGCUGAAGGAACACUUAUGGCUGACGGAAUCCAAAAAACCCAUGAAGAAGUCCACCAACGCUUAGAAGCUUCCAAUCUUCCUACAAACUUAAAGCGGAUAUACACCGAAGACCAAACACUACUGAAGUCGGAGACCUUGUAAUAAUCCAUCUAAAGAAGCAACGCCUACCUUCUGGACAACAUUCAAAAUUAACUAACAAAAAGAUUGGCCCUUUUCCUAUUCUAGCAAAGUUGGGACAGAAUGCCUACAAGAUAGAUCUUCCUCCAAACAUGAAGAUCAGUUCAACCUUCAGGCUUCAAUGUUGCUGACAUCUAUCCUCACCACCCCCAGAUCAGUUUUAGUUUUCCAAAUCAAACUCAGGGUUGAGUUUGUUUCUGUUGGUUUGGUGGAGUUGAUGUAGGAAGUUAUAACAAAUUGAUUAGUUUCAAGCAGUUAGUUUAACCUCUGCUUAAGUCCUUUAGCUGAUUAUUAGUUAAGAUAGUUUAGCUUUCUGUUAAUUAAUUGUGAACAGUUUUAUUUUUCUGUUGGUUAGUUAUAACCAACCAACCUCUUGUAUGAAUAGGUCUUUAAGACCUUCAUUACAAAGUAAUAAAAAGAUAAAGAAUUUUUCAGUA